CGAAGUCUCGCCUUGAUCGCCUUGCGUCAGCAUGCUUUCACGCCUGGGCUCCCGCUCGCCGCUGCUCACCUCCACGCGCCGACUCUGCGCGCCGGCGCUGCCCAAGGGCGUCCUCACCACCCACUACAAGAAGAUUGACCGCGCGACCGACGAGCGGUGGCAGGAUAUCGACAUGGAGCGGUUUGCGGACGAGACGGACCUGCUGAUCGUGGGCGGCGGGCCGGCGGGCCUGUCCGCCGCGAUCCGCUUCAAGCAGCUCUGCAACGAGGCCGGCCUUGACUACCGCGUCACGCUGCUCGAGAAGGCGGCAGGCGCGGGCGAGCACACGCUCUCGGGCGCGGUGCUUGAGCCGCGCGCGCUGGAGGAGCUCUUCCCGGACUGGGAGGAGCGCGGCGCGCCGCUCAAGACGCCGGUGACGUCCGAGCGGCUCGGCUACAUUCCCCCGUGGUUCCCCAGCCUCAACCUCCCGCUGCCGAUCAUGUCUGGCACGCCGACCGACAACCACGGCAACUACAUCGUGCGGCUCGGCAACUUCACCGCGUGGCUGGCGGAGCAGGCGGAGGAGCUCGGCGUCGAGAUAUACACCGGACAGGGCGGCGUCGAGGUCCUGUACAACGACACGGACGAGGUGGUCGGUGUGGCGACCAACGACGUGGGCGUGGCGAAGGACGGCGCGCCAAAGGACUCGUUUGAGCGAGGGAUGGAGCUGCGCGCAAAGGCGACGCUCUUUGCGGAGGGCUGCCGCGGCUCGCUCACACAGGAGGUCAUCGACAAGUUCAGCCUCGCCGCGGGCUCCGAGCCGCAGACGUACGGCCUCGGCCUCAAGGAGCUCUGGCGCAUCUCUCCUGAGAAGCACAGGCCGGGGCACGUCGACCACACCGCCGGAUGGCCGGCAGACAACAACACGUGGGGCGGCUCGUUCCUGUACCACCUCGAUCCGUCCGAGGGCGACGGAGACACGCUCGUCAUCACAGGGUACGUCGUCGCGCUCGACUACUCCAACCCGUACCUCAACCCCUUCAAGAUGUUCCAGCAGUGGAAGACGCACCCGUCCAUCCGGCCGACCUUCGAGGGGGGGGAGAGGCUGGCCUACGGCGCGCGCGCGCUGAACGAGGGCGGCUUCCAGAGCAUCCCCAAGCUCACCUUCCCUGGCGGCGCUCUUGUGGGCUGCGCCGCCGGCUUCCUCAACGUGCCCAAGAUCAAGGGGACGCACACUGCGAUGAAGUCGGGCAUGCUGGCGGCCGAGAGCGCCUUCAGCGCGAUGCAGGCGCUGCCGGAGCCCGCCGAGGCCGAGGAGGCGGCGGAGGAGGAGGAGGAGAUGCCCCCCCCCUUCACCGGUCCGGUGGCGGACCUGGGCCCGUACCAGUCGGCGCUGGAGGGGUCGUGGGUGUACGAGGAGCUGCACUCGGUGCGCAACGUGCGUCCGGCCGCGCACGCGACGCCGCUGGGCAUGUGGGGCACCUUCCUGUACGCGGGCGUCGUGCACUACGUCACGCGAGGCCGAGAGUGGUUCACUCUCUCGCACGGCGGCGCCGACCACGAGAGGCUCAAGCCGGCCUCCGAGUUCUCGCCCAUCGAGUACCCAAAGCCGGACGGCGAGGUGUCCUUCGACCUCCUCUCUUCGGUAGCGCUCACCGGCACGAACCACGAGGGCAACCAGCCGCCCCACCUGACGCUCAAGGAUGACGCGGUGCCUGUCGCGCGCAACCUCGCCGUAUUCGACGGGCCGGAGCAGCGCUUCUGCCCCGCGGGCGUGUACGAGUACUUGGAGGAGGAGGGAGAGCGGCGGCUGCAGAUCAACGCGCAGAACUGCAUCCACUGCAAGACGUGCGACAUCAAGUGCCCCUCGCAGAACAUCGAUUGGGUCGUGCCCGAGGGGGGAGGCGGGCCGGCGUACGCUGGCAUGUGACCGAGGCGGCCAGGGGGUAGCGCGGAGGCGCAUCACGGAGGGCGGGCGGCGGCGGUGGAGUAGGCGGCGGCGGUGCAGGCGGCGCAGGCGCAGGCGCGAGGGAGGGGGUGCUCCGCCAGCGCCGGAGGGUGGAGUUGGGCGAUGAGGGGGUCACCACUUGCGACUCCUCCAUUCCGCCUCUCUCCACGUCCUCGGGCGCUCGCCGUGUCGCGGGUUGGGCGCUGUGACGUCGUCUGGCCCCCCAAGUACGUUCGUCUCGUGGAGUUUGUGCUUGUCGUUUGUGUAUUGAACGUGCCGUUGCCCGAACGGCGCGAACGCGCUUAGAGGACACGUUUCUUUUAGACCGAGGGAGUUUUGUUGUAAAUUCUUUGGUCAUCUCAAAUUGCC